CGGGAGCAGCGGACCGAUGCUGGUCGGGGUUUGUCUGAGUUUCUGCCGCCCGGAUCCGUGUCAGGACCGAGCCCAUGGCGGUCAGCAGCGCGCUAACCGUGCUCUACCUGCUGAUAGUGUUGGCGGUGACCGAAUCCUCCAAGAGUUCUGAAGAUGUGAGGUGCAAGUGUAUCUGUCCUCCAUAUAGGAACCUGACUGGCCACAUUUACAACAAGAAUAUCUCCCAGAAAGAUUGUAACUGUCUGCAUGUGGUGGAGCCUAUGCCGGUACCAGGCCGAGAUGUGGAGGCUUACUGUUUGCUGUGUGAGUGUAAAUACGAAGAAAGAAGUACGACCACGAUCAAGGUGACAAUCAUCAUUUACCUGACUGUUGUUGGAGCUCUCCUUGUGUACAUGGCAUUCCUGAUGAUAGUGGAUCCAUUAAUACGUAAACCUGACUCGUAUAUUCAGCCACUGCACAAUGAAGAAGACACUGAGGACACACGCCCAUUCACUCCAUCUCACGCACAAGCCCGGGCCAACACUGUCCUCGAGAGGGUGGAGGGAGCGCAGCAGCGAUGGAAGCGUCAGGUGCAGGAGCAGCGAAAGACGGUCUUUGACCGGCAUAAGAUGCUUAGUUAAGUGGGUCCUCUUUCAACUCACCGUGAUUCAGGCCUAGUCAUGUUUCCACUUUGAAGCAUGAAAGUUGGUGUUAAUUCUGAAAACUUAAUGCUGUCUCUCAGCUUUAUUUUAACUAGUCCACUUAUAUGUAUCAAACAUCAAAGUCAAGCAUUAAAUAAUUUGCAUAGUAUUCCCUUUGAGGAUGUGUCUGUAAAAUCAUUCCCCUAAUGACCCUUUUAAAUGUGGCUCCCUAAUUAAAUUUUCAAAAGGUUAAAAGUUUUGCACAAAUAAGAAGGCUUUGGCAACAAAGUAUAUAAUAAAGC